UAUUUCUACACCCCACGGCCACCGAACCGAUUCGUUUACAUUUUACACUCUCUCUCUCUCUCUCCUCCAUCGAAAGGACUUCCUCCAUAAUUAGGGUUACUCUCCCUCCAUCAAUCUACACCCAAACCGAAUCUGAAUUCACAGAGAGAGAAAGUGAGAGAGAGAGAGAGAGAGAGAUGUGGCACGAAGCUCGGAGGUCGGAGAAGAAGGUCCACGAUAUGAUGGACGCAGCUCGAAAGAGAGCUCAGAGACGGGCUGUCUAUCUCGCCAAGCGUCGUGGCGAUCCUCAGCAAUCCAUCCAAGUUCUCGGAUCUCGCUCUCGCAUGUACCGCGACGAUGGCCUCUACCAGGCCACCCAGGAUCAGCAAGGCCUGAUCCCUUGGAAUGGGAAAGAAGAUAUUAUGAUUGAUAGAUUUGAUGGCCGUGCUCUUCUUGAUUAUAUUCGAGAUUCUAGUUCCCGACGUUUUCGGACCCCUGAGAAGACAGAGGAAGAAGAAGAAUUAGAAGAGUUUGUUAAUUUUGAGCGUUAUCGGGAUUUAAUUAAGCAUCAGCGUAGAGGAUUUACUGAUGAGGAAGGUUUGCAACAUGUGAAUCAAGAGAUGGAAGCAAAGAUUGCUACUCCAUUUGGAUCUGACAGAUCACAUCCGGCUCAGGCUCCAGCAAGCAAGGGCUCAUAUUCGCAGGUGGGUUUCUCUUAUGAAGGAGAUGGAAAAGAGGAAACUCAUUAUUCAGAUGGUGAUGAUGAGGAUGAGGAUGAUGACAAUGAUGAUGAUGAGGAUUUUAACAGUGAUGAUAGCAAUGAUGAAGAGAUGGAGAAAAUUGCAAAAGAAUUUGGUGUAAAGAGGUAUGGUUGGCUUGUUUACAUGGACAAAAAAGCUAAAGAGGAGGAAAAGAAGCAAAAAGAAGUGGUCAAGGGGGAUCCUUCAAUUAGGAAGCUUAGUCGCAAGGAACGGAGGAAGGCUUCUCAGAUAGGAAGAGAGAGAGAAAGAGAAGCUGCCCAAAUUACUGGCACUCGUGUGCUUCAUCACGAUCCUUACAGGGAGACUAGACGAAGUCCAACUUAUGAAGCCUAUUCUCGUUCUAGAAGAUCCAGAUCGAGGUCUCGGUCAUACUCCCCAUCACACUCAAGGCGCUAUGCCCGUGGUGUGCAUUCUGAUGAUAGCCAUCGAAGCAAAUCAAAGGCUGCCAAAAUAGAGUAUAUUACUGAAUUUGGGGGAUCUGCUGAUGGGGAUGAACCGAAGUUUGAAGGAUUCUCUCCACCACCUUCUCCUCCGCCCCAAGCUGAUCUGUUGAACCGGCCAUCGUCUGGUCAGAUACUUGAGGCCCUGCAUACUGAUCCUGCUUCCAGUGUAUCCCUUGACAAGGAACAGAGUACUAAAGUGUUGAAGCCACUAGUGAGCACUUCGUCUGCAUUAGCAAAGUUGAGCAAGUCUACUAGUAGUGGAGGCCUUUCUAUAUCAGGGGAGAAGAAGGAAACACCUCAAGAGCGACUUAAACGAAUCAUGAGCAGACAACUUAACAAACAAAUUAAGAAGGAUACUGCUGUUGAAAUGGCCAAGAAACGAGAACAGGAGCGCCAGAGGCUUGAAAAGCUUGCAGAAACGAGCCGAUUAAGUCGAUAUAGGCGUCACAGCCGCAGCAGAAGCAGAAGCUAUAGUCGAUCUCCUCCAAGAAGAUAUAGGAGGAGCAGAAGUCGAAGUAGAAGCAGGAAUUCUCGCAGAUAUAAUUCACGGUCUCGUUCUCCCUCCCAUUCUUGUUCUCACUCUCGUUCCAUCUCCCGGUCUCGCUCUCCAAGGGUAAGGAGCCGUUCAAGGUACUAAUAAAGAUAUUGUAGCUGGGGUGGCACUGAGGAUAAUGUGCACGUGGUAGUGUUUUUAUCUGAAAAUUUAAAAAUAGUAAGAAGAGGAGAAGAAAAAAAAGGAAAAAGUGGUGCAGCUACCUCUUAUGUCCUUGAAUGUGGAAUGUACAGUGUCUUUUUGUGAAGACAAGGUAUAACACUCUGCAAUCACUUAUGCUUUGUUCUGAGCUCAAAUAUUUUGUAAGUUAAACUGCAGUGUAUGUAGGAUGAUUGUGAGUAAUUAAUAUUAUUGGACAUUGUAUAAUCAAUACUUCACUAUCAUUCAUUUCCUUCUUGUGCUAGUAGGCAUUUGAAUUUGACUUGAA